GAUCUGGGAAAGAAUGGCGUACAUGGUUCCCUGGGAGGGGAAAAUUAAAAGUAUUGAAUCUCAUUUUGGAUCUGUGGUUUCCUCCUACUUUAUAUUCUUGAGAUGGGUCAUUUCUGUAAACCUUAUCAUGGCGCUGGUCAUCUUUCUCUUUGUUAUGCUGCCAGAGAUACUCUCCGGAGAUACAGAAGAUGCAGGGGUGAGAAAAGAAAUGCUCUCUAUAGAACGCAGAACAGCCUCAAACUUUAAAAUACUCUGGGAUUUUGAAGGUGUGAUGAGAUAUUCUCCACUGUUCUACGGGUUCUACAGUAAUAAAUCUGCUACUGCCGGAGGAUACGAAACUCCAUUAGCCUAUUUUGUUGUGAUGAUGCUAGUGUACGUAUUCAGCUUUAUCAUAAUACUCAGGAAAAUGGCAGAGAACUCGAGACAAAGCAAACUUACAGAUAAGGGUGAUGAGUGUACGUUUACCUGGAAAGUAUUUACCUCCUGGGACUAUGGUAUAGCUAACCCUGAAGCUGCACACAACAAGGUUGCUGCAAUUGUUACAGGAAUAAGGGAGAGUAUAAUAGAGCUGACUGAGAAGGAACGGAUCCAGCUGAAGAACUGGAAGGAUAUAGGGAAACGAGUUGCAGCAAAUAUACUAGUUCUACUCAGUCUGGUUGGGAGCGCAUCAUGUGUUCUUCUGGUAGUAGAUCGGUCAACCCAGCCAGAAGCUGACUCAUCUUGGUGGAGACAGAAUGAAACUACUAUAGUCAUGUCUCUGAUUACCAGUUUAGUUCCAAAGCUGUUUGAUCUCUUCAGUAUAUUAGAGAACUAUCAUCCUCGGAAAGCCAUGAGAUGGAUGCUGGCCAGGAUCAUGGCGCUCAACCUUCUCUCCCUCUACGCCCUCAUCUUCGCCUUGUUCGGCAAAACGAACGAUAUGAUCCGUCAGCUCAACAGCUUUGAGAUGAUGAAUGAUUCAUCUUUAGUAAAUGGAAAACAGGUUGUAUUAGCUCCUGCUGAUGAUAGAGAUUGCUUCUUCAUCCCGAUACCUUGCUCCUUACUCCAGGGUUUCUUGGAACCUGAAGAUACAAUCUCUCUACAAUAUAGGAUAAGUCGAGAAAAUACAACACUAGAUACUCCACUGGACCCCUCCCAACCAAGCACUCAGUCCUACCCGGAUUUCAACAUUGAGAUAAAAGAUCUCUCCUCCGAAGACGGGUUGAGGAAGGACAUGGAGCUAAAUGCUAGAGCUGUUCUCUCAGAACUAAUUAGAAAUAUAUCCAAAGAAAUGAUAAAUCGUGAAAAAGCUGCGAGACUAUUAAUGGUCUGGAGAGAGGUUCAAUCUGGAGGCAAACUCAGGGUACAGGAUACAGCUAAUAUUACAGGGGAUUGUACUCGGGAUGAAUGUAUAAUCUACUGUGAACCUUCCUGCCUAUCUCUUUGUGAGAUAUUCUUCUCAUGUGGCGGAGAGGAUUCUCUUCAGGACCUUGAGAUUCAAACCAUUAGAGAUUUAUCUCAAGCUCUAGGAAUAGUUUCAUCUUUGCAAAACCUAACUCUGAACAGUUUGAAUGAAGAAGAGGUGAAAUUCUUUGUUUGCUUGGAUUGUUUAUCCUUUAAGCUUCUCACAAACAACGUAACUCAAAACUACAGUCUUCUAGACUACUACAGCAACGUGACUGCUGAGCAGAUGAACCUCCUGGAGAACUCCAGCACUAAGCUCGAUAUCAAGCUCCUGGAGGAAAAAACAUGCAGUAAACAAAUAUGCAGAAAACGAUAUGUCAGGAAGGAGGUGGACAUAGAGUACACUCAACCCAGACGAGAUUGUGAAACAACAAAAGAAGAAUUUAUUAAGAAAAUAAAAACCAAGUUGAAGUUGAGAAAGCUGUGCUGGGAAACCAUGUUUGGUCAGGAGCUGGUUAAAUUAACCGUUAUGGAUACUGUCUUCUUAGUGGUUUCCAUUUUCAUCGGAGAUUUUCUCAGAUCCAUCUUUCUCAGGAUCAUGAACUUGUGCUGGUUCUGGGACCUGGAGAAGGUAUUCCCUGGAUAUCCACAGUUUGAUGUGGCAGAGAACAUUCUUCAUCUAGUGAACAACCAAGGAAUGAUCUGGAUGGGACUGUUCAUGGCACCAGGUUUACCGUUGAUAAACCUGGUAAAACUGUUUAUCAUCAUGUAUGUGAAAAGUAUGUCUGUUAUGGUAACUAAUGCUCCGCAUGAAACGGUGUUUAAAGCCUCCAGGUCUAACAACUUCUACCUGGUGUUGUUGUUGUUAAUGUUGUUUCUGUGUACCCUGCCCGUAGCAUUCACCUUGGUGUGGAUUAAACCAAGCUGGCACUGUGGACCCUUCAGCCAAUUUCAUAGAAUAUAUAAGGUAUUUACAGUUCGAGUUCUAGAAAUACUUCCGGUAAAACUACAUCCGGUUCUAGAUUAUAUAACCUCUCCAGGUAUAAUAAUCCCGACUCUGGUGCUUUGUAUUCUAACAAUCUGGUAUCUGAUCACACUAUCCAAGAUGUUGAGAGAGAGUAAUGACGACCUCAAGAACCAACUUCAUCUAGAGAGAACAGAGGAGAGAAGGAAACUAACUGCUGCUGUUAACAAGAAAGGCAAGGAAUCUGUAAACUCCGAGCAGGGUGGAGUAUCGGAAAGAUGGAAAAGUAUCCUGAGUGCUGCAGUAUCAAGAUCAACUUCACAAACGGAGAAAUCUGAACCUGGAGAUACUGAGAUUAUCAAGGCCGGUAUCCUCAGCUCCGACCAGAACCUGGAUAAGGUUGGGAAGCAACCAGAACCCAGAGAUUCAGAUGAAUUAGCACCCAAAGAUUCUAAACCUAUCCCGGUUAAUCUUUACAAUGAAAAUAGUCCAAAAUUGGUCAAAAAAGGUAUCCUGGGACUAUAUGCUAGAAUAAAGAAGAAAACAGGAUCAACCAACCACCAGGUUCACGAUAUCAGUAGAACUCAAGAUCAACAAGAUCAAGUCACAAGAGCAAUCCAUGAAAAGAUCUUGAAACUAGAGCGUCCCUCUAUAUUCUCUGUAUAUGAGAAUGAUAUCCAGGAUAGUUUAAACAACUCAACAACUCCGAGAAUAUCUCCAACAGAGGAUGGAGCUAAUGCGGGAAGCCUGAUCAAUAAUUUUGGUGAUCUGGAUCCUGAUAGCUCUGUAUUCGUUCUAAACCAUCAGGUUUCAGACAUUUCUGAUAUAUCAGAUAUACUCACUCCGAGGGAGGACGGCGAAACAAUCCAGGGAGGAAGCUUUAUCGGAGAGGAGGAGACAGGACGGGUCGACAUCGAAGAUCAAGGAACGGGAAAAAUCAGCUCCGAAGAUCAGGAGACGGGACGAAGUGGGUACGAAGAUCAUGCGACAGAAAGAAACAGCUCCGGAGAUCAGGAGGAAGGAGAAAAAAGAUCUCUUAAACCUACAGAGGAGAAUGAGGAAACAGGACGGCAUGAAUCCAUGGAUAAAGAUGGAAGUAAAAUUGAAAAUAUUGAGAAGGAUCAUAUAAAUCUUCCAAAAAUAUGGAUCAGUAAAUCCGCCAGUAUGGAGCAUGAUCUUGAUUAGAAUACAUGUUUUCGUGAAUUUUGAAGUUAAAUGGAUUAAACAAAAUCUAAGAUGUUUAUAAACCAGAUUUCCAAGUUUUCACUUUUCAAGUUAUUAACCGUUCUUGCGUUAAAAGCCCAACUUUUUUACUAGUUUUUAAAUUGUAUUUUGAUGCAAAAAGCUUAAAUAUAUUGAAACAGAUGUAAUCAAAAUUGCACUUUAUACAUAGCUAGUUAAGUUCUUUUUAAUUAAUUGUAAGAUAUAUGUAUUACAUAGUUUAGCCAUUAAAGACACUUAUAUUUGCAUUUUAAUGUUAAAGCAGUUUAUGUAAAUACUUUAAUAACACUUUUCAUUAAUUCAUUAAGUAAAUUAAAAACAUUUAGUAUUAGAAAAAAUA